AUGGCUACGCAAUCAAGCCUGCGACAGAAGUUGAAAUAUGAAGAGUGGGAGAUUAAUGGAAAACGAAUAACUCUAGUUACAUUACACUUGUUUGUAUAUCCAAGGCAGCUGCCUGACGACCUUUAUGGUUUAAGAGAGUUGGAAGCUCUGAGUCUGAAAACAGUGACAAAAGAGGAAAUAAACCUCCCCAAUGAGCUGGCAAAACUCACCAACCUGAAAGUCCUGAGCUUAUUUAACUGUGGCCUAACCACAGUUCCGGCUGCCGUGAUGAAACUUCCAAUGUUAGAAAAGCUGAUCCUCAGUAGAAACAUGAACAUCACCCUGCGGGGUGAGAUUUCCAGACUCAUCAACCUCACUGUCCUGGACUUAAAAUUCUGUAACCUGGACACACUACCGCCUGUAGUGCUGAAACUACCAAACCUACAGGUGCUGGACCUAAGAGAUAAUGUGCAGAUCUUCCUACCAUAUGACUUGUAUAGGUUGAACAACUUGAAAGUUUUGAGACUAGGGGGUUGUAACCUAGACAGAUUUCCACCGGCAGUACUGAAGCUCCUCCAGUUGGAGGAACUGGACCUCAGUAACAACAGGAUCAUCACUUUGCCGGAUGGGCUGGCAGGACUCAUUAACAUCCGGGUACUAAAGCUAUGGUUAACAGGCCUAGACACACUCCCACCUCAAGUGGGGAAACUGACACUGUUAGAAUGGCUGGACCUGAGCGCUAACCAACUACAGACGUUACCCGAGGAAAUCGGACAGCUCACUAGCGUUAAACACUUGAAUUUGUCCAAGUGCAAGCUGCUCACACUCCCACUUGAAGUGGGUAGACUGACACGGUUAGAACAGCUGUACCUGCGCCAUAACCAACUACAGACGUUACCCGCAGAGGUUGCGCAGCUCAGUAGCUUACGUGGCCUUCACGUUAAGGGAAAUCCACUAAUAAAACCACCAGCUGAAAUUUGCAAACAAGGGAUCACUGCUAUCAGACAGUACUUUGAUGAACUUAAACGCUCGAAAGAAAAUAUAAUCUCUCAUUUGAAAAUUGUCUUCUUGGGAGAGAAAAUGGCGGGAAAAACAAGCCUGGUACGAACGCUAGACAUUGGCAAGUCCACCCUAACAGAAGUAGAGGACCGCACACACUGUGUAGAGAUAACUCAGUGGGCACCUGAUGACAACAUCACGUUUGAAGUGUACGACUUUGGUGGCCAUGACGUGUAUUAUCUCACUCACCAGUUCUUUCUGACUCCAGAUGCCCUUUAUCUGUUAUUAGUGAACCUUCAGACAUACAGCUGCAGUGAAGAGAGGUACACAGAAGCCGUGGGGUUCUGGUUGGACACACUGAAUGCCCGCGUGCCGGGGGCGGUGGUUUCUAUAGUAGGGAGCAAGAAGGACCUUUGUCGACAUGAUGAAGUAAUAAGAAAGACAAACGACAUUCAAAGUAGGAUCAACAUGCAAAAGAAGAUGUGGCUAAAACAACUAAAGCAAGAAAUCAAACGACUGGAGACUAAGCUAAAGACCCAAGAGAAAGGUCACUCCUCGUUGAUAGCUCAACAACUUGCAUAUACAAAUCGCCUGCUGGAGCAAAGGCUGCGUUUCGUUGGCGAUGUACUGUGUGUGUCUGUAAAGCCCAAGUCGCCGAUUCGCAGCCUUUUGUCUUCUAAAUGUCCAUCUUGGGUUAACCUGCAGACUCUUCUGUUGGAAAAUGUUAAUAACAAGUCAUUGUUUCCAACACUACGAAGAGUCUUGCCAGGAACAUGGGUGUUGUUCGAGCAGCUGUUGAAAAGAUGGAGGGAAACGCCAGAACAGGUUAAGGAGAGUGACAGCUCUGACAAAACGGGCUCUUCUAAGCAAACGCAAUCGUAUUCACUGGCAAGAUACUGGCUGACAUUGGGUGAAUGUGAAGGCAUUGGACGGGACGCAGAACUCUCACCAGAAAGACUAGACCCAGUCCUGUCUUACCUGCAGCAGGUGGGAACCAUCCUCAGGUACACGGACAUACCGGAACUCAAGGACUAUGUCUUCCAUGAUCCUCCCGUCGUCGUAGAACUCUUCAAAGAUCUGUAUCAUCACGAUACCAAAGCCCUUUUCUCAACACCAAGAAUACGAAAUAAAUAUACUCGCGAACAACGGCGUAAUUUGGAAGAGGAUUUGUGCGACCGUGGACUGAUCCAGAAGAAGGUGAUGACGUGUAUGCUACCACCAAACAUCGAUCCUGACAUUGUUACAGCUCUGAUGCAGCAUUUUGGCCUAUGCUUUGAGUUAAAAGGCAACGACAAACAAGACCUUUCUAAACAAAUAUUGCACUACAAAAUACCUUGGUACCUACACAAACAAAUGCCAGAGAAGUUGAAGAGUGUCUGGCCGGAUGACGUACCAGAAGAUCAGGAACAGCUGCAGCUGAUGUGCAACAUCACAGGAUUCUGUCCCCGGGGACUGUUUCAGAGGUUCAGCGUUGGGAUCCAUCGAUUAGUCAAGGACAGGGUAGACUGGAAAGAUGGAGUCAUGGCCUACAGGCAGGACUACCCGAUACUGAUGCGUUCCAAACCUGUAACAGACGACACUUACAUCGCCAUGGCAACCAGAGGCAGGCUUGCCCAGGCAGAUGAGAUGUGGGGCGUUGUCCACCCACUGCUGGAGGUGCUGGUCCAGCUGCUGCAGGAGUGGCCAGGUGUGCUGUACUCCCUCCACGUCACCUGUGCGCACUGCAUCAAGGCAGGACUGGGCAGGCCGUACCAGCACGAACUGAGGGACCGGACUGCAGAGGACGGCCGUGACGUCAGGUGUCCCAGGAUCAAAAAUACAGCAUCAACGUCAGCAAACCUUGUGUAUAGACCAAGCAGAUUAUCUGGAAAGCAGUACCCUGCAGAAGCUCAGAGCCAACAGGAUGUUGCCGGACGCUCUCAAGCUGAGGAAGAAGAUAUCAGCAGGUACUUCCAUUACAUCAAGGAAAACGUGACUGCCGAGUGGAAGGACCUGGCUUACCAGCUGGGAUUCAGUCGGCCAGACAUAGACAACAUUGACGAGAGAAACACGGACUACAAGCGGCGCUGCCGGGACACGUUGGAGGAAUGGAAAGAGCGGGAAGGGGAUGCCGCCACCAUAACUGUGCUGAUGGACGCUCUGAGGGAACUGGAGCUGAUGAGUGUCGUGGAUGGGCUGGAGAGCAAGUAUCCAGGUCUGAGUGAUUAG